GCGCAGUAGCCGCCCGGGAGUCAGUGCCCGUAGGACGCCUUCCCUGGCACCUUGCGCGCGAGCCGGUUUGUGCUUUUAGGUGUCCUGCGUGACCCCCCAUUUGCAAGCGACUGCGCCAUGAGUCUGAAUUCCAGCGUACGAGUUGAGUAUAUCGCAGCCGUCACCUUUGCCGCUGGGACAGCUGCGCUCGGUUAUCUAGCGUACAGAAAAUUUUACAGCAGAGAUACUCGCAGCAAGUCUAUGGUCAACCUUCAUAUUCAGAAAGAUAACCCCAAGGUGGUCCAUGCGUUUGACAUGGAGGAUCUGGGAGACAAAGCUGUUUACUGCCGUUGUUGGAGGUCCAAAAAGUUCCCCUUCUGCGACGGAGCUCACACAAAACACAACGAAGAGACUGGAGACAACGUGGGACCUCUGAUCAUUAAGAAAAGAGAAACCUAAAAUGGACAGUUUUGAUGCUGUGAACCAGCUCGUCAUGAUGUUCCACGAUCGUUCAAUUAGUCUGACCACCACUUGUGUCUAAUUCACUUACCCCUGAGUUCUCUCUGUGGUAUAUAUUGUAAACUGCAAUUCGCUCAUUCAUGGCAUUUUUUUCUUGUCAAGCCACAUCCUUUGAACAAACGGAGAGCAUUAAAACCAGCCUCCUGGCUUGUGGGUUAUUGUAAGGAUCCGUUUCUAUACAUUGAAAAAGAAUAACAUUCGAAUGUAGCCGUAUCUUGAAAAACAAUUAAAUUAUUCUGAAAAUCA